AUGGCGAUGAUGGCGACUGUGGCGAUGGUAGUGGCGAUGGUGGGGCCCGCAAUGCCUGCAAGCCUUUUUGAAGCUAAAGCAAAAAGGGAAUUCGAAGACGCAGAGCUGGUUAUUGCCAUAGGAAAAACCCCAAAGGUUCAAAUUAAAGUUGUUGAGCAUAAAAGAGACGAUGAACCAGAUUUCUCUGGCUACUACCCAUAUUAUUCCGGCUACUCCGGUUACUCCGAUUAUUCCGGUUACUCCGGUUAUUCCGGCUACUAUCCAGAUUACUCCGGGUACUCAGGUUAUUCCGGUUACCCAGAUUAUUCCGGUUAUUCUGGCUACUACCCAGAUUACUCAGGUUAUUCCGGUUACCCAGAUUAUUCCGGUUACUCUGGUUAUUCCGGCAAUUUUGGUUAUUCCGGCUACUAUCCAGAUUAUUCCGGUUAUUCUGGCUACUACCCAGAUUAUUCCGGUUACUCUGGCUACUACCCAGAUUAUUCCGGUUAUUCUGGCUACUAUCCAGAUUACUCAGGUUACUCCGGUUAUUCCGGUUACCCAGAUUAUUCCGGUUAUUCUGGCUACUACCCAGAUUACUCAGGUUACUCCGGUUACCCAGAUUAUUCCGGUUACUCUGGUUAUUCCGACAAUUCUGGUUAUUCCGGCUACUAUCCAGAUUACUCCGGUUACUCUGGUUAUUCCGGUAACUCUGAUUAUUCUGGAUACAACCCAAAUCAUUCCGGCUACUCCUCUGGUUAUUCUGGCUAUCCAGAUUAUUCCGGUUUUUCUGGCAGCGAUGGCGGAGAUGAAAGUGGUUACAGUUCCUCUGGUUACGAUGGCAGUGGUGAAAAGAAAUAA